AUGAACUUCCUGCUGCGUUUCAUAAUAUUCUGCUGCGAUCCGCUGGGCCUGGGUCGUCGCUUCUUUGUGCGACCCGCAGUCAAUCUUACGCUCAAUGUGUACGAUCGCCUUCGCAGCAAAGCCGAUGAAAAGGUGGACACCUUAAGGGAGCUGGUGUUGCGCCUGGGACUGAUCGCAUUUGCUGUGGUGCUAAUUAUUUGGCUGGCCGUAUUCAUAUAUGCCGCCUUCUAUUAUGUCUACAUGCCACCAAUAUCGCAUACGCGACCCGUUCACAUGCAGUUCAAAACAUGCCUUGAGACAAGUACACCGUGUACCUUUCCACACGCUCAUGUCUCGCUGACGAAGAAGCAACAACUUCUGAUGGUGGGCCAGGCGUACAAGGUGAUUGUCAACAUCGAUAUGCCGGAGUCACCGCAAAAUUUGGAGCUGGGCAUGUUUAUGGUGUGCGCUGAGAUGCGUGACUAUGAUUCAAUGUUGCGCGGACAUUCGUGUCGCUCUGCAAUGAUGCGAUACCGUUCGCCAUUGGUACGCCUGUUUUCCACGUGGGCGCUGAGUCCGCUCUAUGUGCUUGGUUGGAAGGAGGAGUUCCAGAAGGUGCCCGUCGAGAUAUUCUCACAGUAUUUGGAGGAACGCCAGCAUCCCAUUACAGACGUCUAUGUCGAGAUACAAUCACAAAAGAUACAGUUCUACACGGUGACGUUGCACAUCGAGGCGGAUUUCUCUGGACUGCGCUACAUCAUGUUCAAUUGGCCGGUGCUCUCGGCCAUUGUGGCCAUUAGCACCAAUCUAUUCUUUAUAUUGGUCGUUUUUCUGCUCAGCUGGUACCACUGGUCCGAUGCCACCUGGCUCCGUAACAUGCAGAUCCGAUACGCCCGCUUCACCAAUCAGCUGCAGAGCCAAGCCAGCCGGGUGAUUGUCGACAGCACGAGCAGUUUGCGCGAUGAGGAUGAGUCCAGUUAUCACGACUCAUCGAUGGAUAAAUUCGACAUUUCCGAUGUUGGCGAAAGCAGCAGCACCGAUGAUCUCUUGUUGCUGGACAAGUCCACCAAUAGGGCACAUCAGGAGAAAACAUCAGAUGUCCAAUCGCUGCGUCAGCGAAAAGUGAAAGAUCAAGCGUCAUAACACACUCACACACACACUCUCUCUCAGCUUGGAGAUAACACACCCACACCUACAAAUAUACAUAAUCGCCACCGAUAGGCUCUUGUGCCAAAGACUAAUAGGUUUAGGAUUAAUGUAGUUCUUUGCUGCCUCAUGCGGCGGGAUCAGCAUGUACAGCAUUUCUAUAAAGUAUUUGCUUCAGUUUGGCAAUUUAUACAAUAAAUAUGAAAGGUACUUAAUCUUGAA